AAACUGGUAUUAAAUUAUUCCUAACUGGACUACAUGUAUGACUCUACCGGCACGGUAAUAAUGGGCAUUACCAUUUAAUAAUGUUGUGACAAUUAAAACUUUACCACUCAGAACAAACUAGUAUCAAUCCGAUAUCAGCGUGGAGUCAAUAAUCUCCUUAUCUCCGGCGCCAUGUAACCUCCUCCAACAUAGCAAAUUCAUUCCCUCAGCUCUUUGUUAUACUAGAGGUUGAGUUGUCACGUUUUCCUCAAAUUUCUCACCGAGAAGUGUUAAUCUCCCAGAAGUACUUAGCCUUCUGACGAGAAUACGUGUUUAUAGUUUUCCCUUAGUGUUUUCCCUUAGUUAAUAAUUGUUUAAUUGUACAUUAUAAAAAUUAAUGUCAAGCGAUCAACCCGUAAUCAAAAAGCGACGAAAAAAGGUGCGCGGCUACGACAACCCCGAACAGGAAAAGCGACGAAGGAUGGACGCGAAGAGGAAAAAGAAUGUCGCUACCGCGCCCCAAAGCCAGAUUCGUCUUGAAUCUGGUCGCAGUAUCAGCCCGGCAUCCAUCCCAGGCAUUUUGGAUAGCAUUCUCGAUGAAGAAUAUGUCGAAGACGUGGGAGUGGCCCUCCCAAAUCGGUCCACCAUUUGUGCUGCUAGUACUACUAUCAAAUCUGGGGUGACACCAGAAACGUCCAAGGUUUCUCAUAAUAUACCCCCCGCUGCGAAAAGAUCUCGCACUAUUUGUGAACCACUAUUGGACGAGGGUAACAUGUGCAUAAUAUCCUGCGGACAUACGGAUGAUACAAACUUCUCGGUGACUAACUGUGGUCACAUUGUGCAUACAAAUUGUUGGAACAGGAUUAAUAGUCCGGACUCAGCUAACAAAAAGUGCCCGUAUUGCAAACUAUCUCCUGUAAGUGUGAAAAGAAUAUACAGUGUUCCAAUUGCGGAUAAGGAGAAAGCGUGUCAGGCUGAAAUUGCGAGGCUGAAAAAGGAAUUAAAGGAAUGUCAGGAUAAGUUCGUCAAACCUUAUGACGAGGCUGCAACUUGCUACAAUUGCGAGUCGAAGAGUCACUUAACGAGCAAGUGUGAAAGAAAAUGUAUGCUGAAAGUGCCAGCCCAAACUCUCUCUGGAGGGAGGACAUACGUCCCAUGUAGUGUCGAAGGGGAUCAAGUAGUUUGUGGACCUCUAGUCGAUCUAUAUGAGCAUUAUAUGCGAGAAAAGUUGUCUAGGGUGGGAAUUGCUAUCCUCUUUUCGAUGACCGUGUUUGGGGAUCGAUGCUGUGGAAAAUGUCUCAGCCUGUUGCACAACACUGUCGCAUGUAAGGAAGAGCCGCCUGACCUGGAAGUCAAGAAUUUGGCGAUCAAGAUUAAAAAUGCGUAUUCAUUCAUGGAAGAAGGUAACAAGAAACGUGAGGUUCAUAUGAAAAGCCUUAGGAAUUCUUGCACGCCUUAAUACAUAUAAAUUGAGUAAAUUGAAUUUGGCAGCAUGCUCACAAAUAGUAUGUACAUAUACAUAUAUUCAAAUAUUUACUAAAUUGGAUUCCUCAGCAAAUCUGACUUGCCAGAAAAAUGAAGACGACAUUAUCAAAAUUCCAUAUGCAUAUGUGCAAUUAAUGUCAUUAAGGUCAUCCGGCAGGUAAAAUAUAUGUAUCAGUACAAGGAGAGAAGCAUGCAAAAUAAAUAUUACAAAUUAGAAAUAUACACAUAUAAAUUAUCGUCGUCCAAAAUGAAAAA